CGAGAGAAAGAGAAAGGAGAGGCCCGCGCAGGCGCAGUCAAGUCCCUGCUCCAACUGGGAGGUUCCAGAUUUAAAGGGGCCGCGUCACCGAAAUGUCCCGCCGGGCCAAGGAGGAGUACCAGCGUUUCUACACGGUCACCGAGCCCCGCACCCACCCCAAGGGACACACCGAGUACAAAGUGACCGCCAAGUUCAUCUCUAAAGUGAAUCCAGAAGAUGUCAAGGAGAUCGUGGUGUGGAAGCGGUACAGCGACUUCAAGAAGCUGCAUUCGGACCUGGCCUACACACACCGGAACCUCUUCCGACGGAUGGAGGACUUCCCUUCCUUCCCACGGGCCCAAGUCUUUGGCCGUUUUGAGCCGGAGGUGAUCGAGGAACGUCGCAAAGCGGCCGAAAUCAUGCUCCGCUUCACGGUCCACAUCCCGGCUUUGAACAACAGCCCGCAACUCAAGGAGUUCUUCCGGGGAGGGGAAGGGAGGAAACCCUCCGAAAGCUUCGACCUGCCGCCUCUGCCGCCGCCCCUCAUCCCUGCGCCGCCCGAAGCCAUAGAAGCCGGAGAAGAUGCCUUGCGGUCGGUCCCCGAAGCGGAGUUUCUGGAUAUCAAACCGGAGCGGAGCCAAACCCCCGAAACAGAUAACCAAGGUCCCAAUGCAGGGAGUCCCGUUCUGCCAAUUAAAAGCAAUGACGACGAAGCUUUGGAUGCCCUUUUUGCUUAUGGAGGGGAAGACGAAGAAGAGAAGGACGGAGCGCCGAGUGCGGAUUCACCACACCGCUGCCCUUUGUCGGUCCAGGAACUGGCCUUAUUCGACCCCUUCUCUGCGCAAGCUCCUUUGUCCACUUUUUCAGACUCUGGAGCUGGGACGGUUUCUCACGGGGAAGAGCUGGCGGCCCUUGACGCUUCGGACUGCAGUCCGGCACGGAGCCUCAUGCGGGACAAUGACGGAGAGGCCGGCGGCUACUUGUCCCUGGCCAUUGAGCGCAUCCAACGGGCCUCGGAGAGCGAAGUGGCCCACGACUACCAGGAGGCCUUUCGCGGAUACCGCAGCGGAGUGGACUUGUUGCUCCAGGGGAUGCAAGGAGACCCAAACGAGGCCCGUCGGGAGGCGGUCAAGAAGAAGACGGCCGAAUAUCUCCAACGAGCGGAGGAGAUUUUCCAGCAGCACCUGAAGCACCUUGAGCUGUGACCGCGCAGCACUACGUCUCCCAAUGGAACUCCCUUUUCCCGUUUCAUUGCAUCUCCUGAGCAGCCCAUGAUCCCGAAGCUCUCCUUUCAGUGUGGUGUUGUGUUUUGGGGUUUUUUUUAAAAAAAGAAAGAAAAUAAAGCAUGUCACCUCCUG